AAGCGAGCUGUCAGUCAAAGGACAUUUAAAUGGCUACACCGUGCAGAACUGUACAGUCUCUCGCGCUGUCAUGAAAUAACUUCAUUCUUAUUUCACCGCCGUUCAUUUCACUGCGGUUUGCUUUUCUGCGUUUCUCGAAUUGCAAACAAAGAUACAAAUCACUCGUAUAUUUAUACAUCUACGCACCAAAAGCCGCAGAAAUGAGCGAGGAAGAAGAUACGUUGGUGAAAACUAGACAUGCAUUUGAAGAUCUGUGUCGAGCUCUGAAUAUGGAUGAGGAGUCGAGUAACGGGGCAUGGAGGAGUUAUGAAAAUAUCAGCAAAAAUUACACUCUGGAGGGCAGUGAACUGCACUGGUUGGCGUGUGCUCUGUAUGUGGCGUGCCGCUCAUCGGUGCCAACUAUAGGGAAAGGCACAGCGGAGGGCAACUAUGUGUCUCUGACCAGGAUCCUGCGCUCUUCACAGCAGAGCCUGAUUGAGUUUUUCAAUAAAAUGAAGAAGUGGCAGGACAUGGCCAACCUGCCCAAGGAGUUCCAGCAGAGCACAGAGAAACUAGAGAGGAACUUCACCGUCACGUCCGUCAUCUUCAAGAAAUACGUGCCCUUAUUCAAAGACAUCUUCAAGGCGCCCACAGAUGAAUUACCCAGAACGCACAGAGGCAGGAAACAGAGACGACAUCCCUGCACCGUCACUGAGGUCUUCAACUUCUGCUGGAUCCUGUUCAUACAUGCUAAAGGAAACUUCCCAAUGAUCAGUGAUGAUCUGGUGAACUCGUAUCAUCUGCUCCUGUGCGCUCUGGAUCUGGUUUACUGCAACGCUCUCCUGUGCUCUAGUCGUAAAGAUCUGCUCAACCCGACUUUUAAAGGGCUGCCCGAGGACUUCAACAGUAAAGAUUAUAAGCCCGGCCCGGGUUCAUUAUGUUUCAUAGAGAAGCUGUGUGAGCUUCACGAUGGGCUGGUGCUGGAGGCCAAAGGAGCAAAAGAGCAUUUCUGGAAACCCUUCAUUAGGAAACUCUUUGAGCGCAAGGUUUUGAAGGGGAAAGAAGACACACUGACUGGGUUUUUGGAGCCGGUGAAUUUUGGUGACAGUCUUGCUUCUCUGAACCGUGUGUAUGAGGAACACGUGUUGUCAUCCGGUUCUCUAGAUGAGAGGAUAUUUCUGGGAGAAGCAGCCAGAGAAGACAUUGGCACCCCAGGACCUUGUUUGUGUGAAGGGAUAGAGAACCAGGAACGACUGACCAACCCCCUCCAGAACUCAAUGACAGCAUCUGCUCUGAAAGUGUCCACGCCUUUGACAGGAAGGAGGUACGUGCCGGAGAGCAGUGCUGGUACCCCCGUUUCCACGGCGAUGCAGAGCGUGGGCCGUCUGCACACUCUGCUGACAGGAUUCAAAUACAGACCCAGCAUAAGACUCAGAGACAUAUUCAGAUCAUGUGUAAGAGACCCCAGUGAGUCCAUAGCAGCCAGACUGAAGGAGAUGUCAGAGAUUUUUCUUCAGAAUUCUGAGGGAACAGGAGACGAUAACAAGACUCUGGCGAGAGAUGUUGCAGUGAAGUAUUUUUGCUUGGCUGAGGCACUUUAUUACAAAUCACUGGAAGUGAUCAUCAACCAGGAGAAGAAACGACUUGGAGACAUGGACCUAUCUGGCAUUCUAGAGCAAGAUAUAUUUCACCGGUCACUGAUCGUCUGCUGCCUGGAGAUCGUCAUCUUCUCGUAUCGACCACCGGGAGAGUUUCCCAGAGUCCUGCAAAUCUUUGACCUCCCUGCUUAUCACUUUUACAAGGUGAUUGAGGUGUUGGUACGGGCGGAGGAGGGUCUUUUCCGGGAGGUAGUCAAACAUCUGAACCAUGUUGAGGAGCAGGUAUUGGAAUCUUUGGCAUGGAAAGGAAACUCCCCACUGUGGGAGAGCAUCCGAGAGGCCAAGAACUGCGUUCCUGCCUGCCAGGAGGUAAUGCCUCCUCAACACCUGGAGGACAGUUCAGGAAGCAGCACACACACUCCCAACAAGAGUGAGUUCAGCAGAAAUAUCGCAGGAGCAGGAAAAGGAGUUUCUCCGUCCCCUACAUCUCUCCAUGACCGCUACAGCUCGCCCCCUACUGGCACAGCCUGUCGCCGCCUCUUUGUCGAUGGAGAUUCAACCUCUGAGCCUCCUCAACCUGUCAAAGUGGCCCAGCCGUCUCUGGUCAGCCCCAUCCCAGCUGGACAGACUGUGGUCACCAUGGCAACAGCUACUGUCACAGCAAACAAUGGCCAGACGGUCACCAUACCUGUUCAAGGAAUAGCAAAUGAGAGCGGUGGCAUCACAUUCAUCCCGGUGCAGGUGAGCAUGACGGGUCAGAGUGGGGGGGCUCUGCCAACGCUCAGUGCCCAGGCUCUGACGGGCACCCUGACCACCCAGCAGCUGACAGCAACACACACAGGCACAGUCCAUAACAGCCCCAGCCCUGCCAAACAGGACAGGAAGAGCCCUCAGCAGGGAACACCCACCAAACGAGCGCAGAAGACCGGCUCCCUCUGCCUGUUCUUCCGCAAGGUGUAUCACCUUGCUAGUGUGCGUCUCAGAGACUUGUGUGCUAAACUGGACAUCAGCGCAGAUCUGCGCAGGAAAAUCUGGACAUGUUUUGAGUAUUCGCUAGUGCACUGCACCGAUCUCAUGAUGGACCGACAUCUGGACCAGCUCCUCAUGUGUGCCAUCUACGUCAUGACUAAGGUGACGAAAGAAGAUAAGUCCUUUCAGAACAUCAUGAAGUGCUACAGAUCUCAACCUCAGGCCAGCAGCAGCGUGUACAGGAGUGUGCUGAUCUCUGGAAGAAAGAGACGCCACUCAGGAAACAGUGAAAACACCCACAGACAGUGCUCACCCACAGAGGGAGGACAAGAGCAAGCCAGCGGUGAAAGCAGUCCUGUGUCUAUGCGCUCCAGCAGCACUCUGCCUAUUCCCCAGCCCAGCAGUGCCCCAUCCACCCCAACCCGGGCCCCUGGAGGCCCCCAAGAGCAGGAGGAGGAGAGAGGAGACCUCAUUCGUUUCUACAACCACGUCUACAUUAAACAGAUCAAACCGUUCGCUCUGCGUUACUCCAGCAACUCGCCAAAAAACGGGGCUGAAGCUCCUCCCCUCUGUCCUUAUCCGUCACUCCGCAUUGGCUCUCCACGCCGGGUCCUCCUAUCCCACAAUCACUCCAUCUACAUCUCUCCACACAAGACUGGCAGCCCAAUUUCUCCUCGAGACAAGAUCUUCUACUACGUCAGCUCCAGCCCAUCCAACCGGCUGCGAGAGAUUAACAGCAUGAUCCGAACGGGCGAGACGCCCACGAAGAAGCGAAGUAUCGCCCUGGAAGAAGAGCAGCAGUCUCCCGCCAAAAGGCUCUGCCAGGAGAAUCAAACGGCUCUGCUCAGACGCCUACAGGAUGUGGCCAACGACCGAAGCUCCUCCCACUGAUGAGUCCACAACAUCAACACUCGUAAAGAUAUAAGUCGCCCAAAAUCAUUUAUUUACAGACAUGAGUCUCGAAAUGUCCUGUCCACACAGCAGCUUAAACAGAGGCUCAAAUGCUCGAAUAAUCAUGUUUGAUUGCGUGCAACUACAGUCAAGCCUGUAUUCUAGAGAGCACAACAGUCAGGUUCUAGAAGCAAAAAUGCCAUUCAUGUUCUCCAUAGGGAAACAUAUAAACCUUUAAAGAGAAAUCUAGUGAACGCUCAGAAGUUUUUAAAUGAUGGUAUAUGCUUUUGUUAAAGCCAUCAGUUUGCAUUAUUUCAACUUGUGUUUUAUAUAAUCAUGUUUAACAUUGGAGUCCCUAAGAAACUCAUACAGGUUUGAAACAAAAUGAGGGUGAGUAAAUGAUGACAGAGUUUUCAUUUUUGGGUGAACUAUCCCUUCAAACAAAGUGAGGAAACUAUGGAAGCCCGUUUCCACCACUGAAUAAAAAUAAAAAAGGUAAUUGCGACUACUUUUAUCUUUUCUCAUAAUUGCGAGUUAUAAAGUCAGAAUUGUGAGAUAUAAACUUGCAAUUCUGAGAACAUAUCAGUCCCCCUCAAAAUUGGACUUUAACUCGCAAUUGUGAGUUUGUAUCAUGCAAUUCUGAGGAAAAAAGUCAGAAUUGUGAGAUAAAAAGUCGCAAUAACCUUUUUUUCAAUGAUUUUAUUCAGUGCGGAAACGGGCUUCCAUAGGAAACAAAUUAGUUCAAUGUGGCGGCAAUUUAUCUAAAACGAGGGAGUGAAUGAAUAAGUCGUAGGAUAUAAUUCUUAAAGGGGUCAUAUGACGUGAUUUCAAGUUUUCCUUUGUCUUUGGAGUGUCAUAAGCUGUUUGUGCUCAUAUAAGAUCCGUAAAGUUGCAAAGACUAAAGUGUCAAACCCAAAGAGAUAUUCUUUAUAAAAGUUAAGACUCGUUCCACUUCUUCCUAAAACGCCUCAAGCCUCCACAAAUCUAUGUCACUGUGUGGGAAGAUUUGCAUAACUCCGCCCAAAUGUUUACGCAAAGAAAGAAAGCGUAACUUUUAUUCUCGCUGUAGUAUUGUUGUCAUGGAGACGCUGUGUGUUUCCAAAUAUGGUAAGGGGCAUAACAUUUCCGUCACAUGCUUGAGGUAUUCGGCCAAUCCCAAUGCACUAAAUAGCUGGCCAAUCAGAGCACACCGCGCUUUUCAUAACGAUGAGCUUUGUAAAAAUCAACACGUUUCAGAAAGGCGGGGCAGAGAGGAGUGACAAUAAUGUACGGAAUGUGGAAAAUAAUGUGUUUUUUGAACCUUAAACCACGUAAAAACAUUGCAUUACAUUUUUAGCAUCGUCAUAUGACCCCUUUAAAUUCAUAAUAUCUUGUUGCGUUUCUUGUUGUGCAUGUCGUGUGUGGAGCUCCUUUGGAAAAGAGCUGCGUGAAGAUUUGUGUUAAACAAAAAGAAAGUAUGGGAUUUGAACGACAUGAUCAUUUCAUUUUGGGGAGAAACAUUGCUUUAAAGCCAUUUUUAACAAACAGACGGGCUACAAAAAGAUCACCAUCUAAUCAAGCUGAUCAGCCACGAUCAACCAGUGAUCUCAGCUCAGAUAUUUUUGAAGCUAAAAGAGUAUUUUGUAGGCAUAGCCUAGUGUUUGCUUGAAAUGCUCGGAUGUGUCAUAAGACUGAAGGAGAUUUGAAGCACUUAACGACGGAUUUCUUUGCAGAUCUUGCUCUGAGUUUACCGUGUGUGUUUUAUAAAGAGUUAUUUUUCAUAAAGAGUUUUAUAAUGUAUAGAGAUGUAUGUGAACUCGAUGUGUCCGUGGAUUUGCUGUCUUAUAUGUGUGAAAGGCUGGUUUAUAUAUUUAUGCUAUUUUUCUAACUGUAGUUCGUUAGACGAAAAACAUCAGGUAACAAUCAUGUUAUUAGUAGAGGUGAGUGCUCUUUUGAUGUAUUUAUUUGCCAUGUUGUUCUCUGCAUGUAUUAGAUGUGUUAGAAUCUUAUUUCCUCUUCAGUUCUGAAAGGAAUUUAUUCAAUAGUGUCUGCUUGUUAACAUAAGAUCAUGUUUCCUUCCCUCAUUUCUGAAAAAUGACGUGUUUGUUGUAAGUGCCUUUUCUCCUGAACCUUUUGCCUUUCCUGAUAAUCUCUCUGCUUUACUGAGUCUAACACAGCAGCCCAGCAUUAAAUUAUCAUCCAACGUUAAUAAAUUGUUUCUAAGAAAAAUGAUCUCAAGUUGUG